AUGGGAAGCAAGGUGCUGCUGCUGCUGAUUUCAGCUAUCAGUCUGGUCCAGGUCACAGUGAGUGUAGAGCUCCACUUAGUGAAGAUAAAUAAAACCUGGAGUGAAGCUCAGAGCUACUGCAGAGAACACUACACAGACCUGGUCAGCAUUCGCAGUACACAAGAAGUGGAGAAGAUAAACACUACUGUGCAAGACGUCCAGACAGAGAGAGUUUGGAUCGGGCUGUUUAGAAACAACACCAGCCAGCAAUGGCAGUGGUCCAUUGGAGAUUACUUCAUGUACCUGAACUGGGAGAAAAAACCACCGUACACUGAUCUAUAUGCUGUAAUUGUGGGGAAACAAUGGCUUGAUAAACCAUCUUCUACAUUUUAUUUCAUAUGCCAGAAAGUUGCAGAGAGAGACAGCUCUGCCCUGAAGGGAUAUUAUUUGGUAACGGAAUUUAAGUCCUGGACUGACGCCCAGCAGCACUGUAGAAAUAAUGGCUCAGAGCUGGCCAGCAUACGCAACCAGGAGGAGCAGGAGGCUCUCAAUACAGUUAAUACAGAAACAAGUCGUUUCGUGUGGAUCGGUUUGUAUAGAGAGAGCAACUCACAGCCGUGGAAGUGGUCUAAUGGAGACCCAAUUGAAAAGUGGGAUAGUGGUGAACCAGACCUCUCAAAUACACAGGACGUCUGUGUCAGCAUGAAUGGGAACGCCCCAGGAAGAGCUCCGGGCUUCUGGAAUGAUAGGAGCUGCACUGAGAGAUUCUACUUUCUCUGUUCCGGAGAAUUAAAAACAACUACCCCUGCAACUCCUACAACUACCCCUGCAACUACCCCUGCAACUCCUACAACUACCCCUGCAACUACCCCUGCAACUCCUACAACUACCCCUGCAACUCCUACAACUACCCCUGCAACUCCUACAACUACCCCUGCAACUACACCCAGCCCUAAAACGACUGCCGCAAAAUCAACUGCAAAAACUACAACUGAGUCCCAAGAGUCAAAUCCCACAAACAACGAGCCAGGAACCACAGCACUAUCAACUGAAACCAAGGACUCUACUGAACCAGGGGAAAGACGGGUGCUGAGGAUUUAUAUAACGGCACCAGAAGGACGUGAUCCUGAAGACCCGCAAAUCAGAGAUGCCAUUUUAGCUGAGAUUCAAAGGAGCUACUCAGGGCAGACCCCAUCGCAGGACCUGAAGCUGAGGUGGAGAGAGAUUGAUGGGAAGAUUUUCCACAAGCAGGAGGAUGAUGAGGAGGAGGGUGGGACGUGCCCCAAGCCCUGAGAGAGCAGAGCCUGGCCAGUGCUCAGGGAACGCUGCUCCAAUAAGCACACAAAAGCUUCCUGCGCAUUAGCUUCAUACAAGACAUGCUAUUAGAAUGCUGAACUAGCUUUACAUUGACUAGAUAUAUUAUUAUUAUCAUCAUUCACUUUUAUAUAUCAUAGAAUCGUUUCAUUGUGAGGAUCAGAUGUCAAUGGUUGCUUCUCCUUGCAGUCACCACAUAGUCACCACCCACACCACCAGUCACCUGGCACACCACCACACACCACCACAGUCACCAUAGUCACCACCCACACCACCACAGUCACCAGUCACCUUGCACACCACCAGUCAUCACACAGUCACCACCCACACCACCACAGUCACCUUGCACACCACCAGUCACCACACAGUCACCACCCACACCACCAGUCACCAGUCACCACACAGUCACCACCAGUCACCUUGCACACCACCACACACCACCAGUCACCUUGCACACCACCACAGUCACCUCCCACACCACACAGUCACCACAGUCACCACCCACACCACCAGUCACCUUGCACACCACCACACAGUCACCACAGUCACCUCCCACACCACCAGUCACCUCCCACACCACCAGUCACCACAGCCACCUCACACACCACCAGUCACCACAGUUACCAGUCACCACCCACACCACCAGUCACCUCCCACACCACCAGUCACCAGUCACCACACAGUUACCACAGUCACCACCCACACCACCAGUCACCUCCCACACCACCAGUCACCACAGCCACCUCACACACCACCAGUCACCACAGUUACCAGUCACCACCCACACCACCAGUCACCUCCCACACCACCAGUCACCAGUCACCACACAGUCACCUCCCACACCACCAGUCAUCUUGCACACCACCACAGUCACCAGUCACCACACAGUCACCUCACACACCAGUCACCUUGCACACCACCAGUCACCACACAAUCACCUUGCACACCACCAGUCACCACAGUUACCACAGUCACCACCCACACCACCAGUCACCACACAGUCACCUCACACACCAGUCACCUUGCACACCACCACAGUCACCUCCCACACCACCAGUCACCUUGCACACCACCAGUCACCUACCACACCACAGUCACCAGUCACCUCCCACACCACCAGUCACCUCCCACACCAGUCACCUCCCACACCACACAGUCACCUUGCACACCACCACAGUCACCUUGCACACCACCACACAGUCACCACACAGUCACCUCCCACACCACAGUCACCAGUCACCUCCCACACCACAGUCACCUUGCACACCAUCACAGUCACCACAGUCACCUUGCACACCACCACACAGUCACCACAGUCACCAGUCACCUUGCACACCACCAGUCACCACACAGUCACCAGUCACCUCCCACACCACACAGUCACCUUGCACACCACCACAGUCACCACAGUCACCUUGCACACCACCACACAGUCACCACAGUCACCUUGCACACCACCACAGUCACCACAGUCACCUUGCACACCACCACAGUCACCUCCCACACCACGACACGUGUUAGAAAUCAAACAUGUCAACAUUGCACUCAGGCAUUGCUAUGAAACACAUUCUCUUUUAUAAAUGGAACCGCUUCACUGCUAUAAAGACAGAUCAGACCUGUCACUCAAAACUAUCCUCUGCUGCUGUGUUGAUGGAUACUGUCCAUCGCUGGGAAAAUCAAAGCAAAUAAAUAAUCACUGCAA